AUGAGCAUUAGGCAACGGGAGGAUGAGACGCUGAGGUCUUAUAUAGCCCGCUUCAACAAGGAAGUACUCUCGAUUGACGAAGCUGACGACAAGAUCCUCGUAGCAGCCUUUACAAACGAGCUACGAAAGGGUAAGUUUUUAUUCUCCUUGUACAAGAAUGACCCGAAAACCAUGUUGGAUGUGCUUUACAGGGCCACCAAGUACGUGAAUGCUGAAGAUGCGUUGCUGGCCCACGAGGAAAAACCCAAGAAGAGAGAGAGGCAGGAGGAAGCCUGGCAGGAUAGGGGUAGAAAGAUGGCCAGAACAGGAGAUAAAAGAGAUAAUCGACGAUCCAAGCCCCCGACAAGGAGGUUCACAAACUUCACCCCCUUGAAUACCCCGAUUAAUCAGGUCCUAAUACAGAUCAAAGAUGAAGGAGCCUUAACAUUCCCCGGCAAAUUAAAGGGUGAUCCCAACAAGAGGCCCAGGGAUAAAUAUUGUCAUUUCCACCAAGACCACAAUCACGACACGUCUGAUUGCUAUGACUUGAAGCAGCAAAUAGAGGCCUUCAUUAGGUAA